UUCUCUGCCACAGACAACCCCUCACUUCCUGUCUCUCCAAAAGUGUGUUUGAUUUGUUGGUGUGCAGGAGACCUCCUCCACUGGACUGGGAGCACGUGGAGGGUCUCCAACCUCAGGGCUCCAGUGACCUCUGAGAACCUCCACUGAUGGAGGCAGGACCUCUACCAGGCCACGGCAUGCUGGGGACCCUGAGUCCUAGACAGAAAAGUAGUGCCCACGGAGUGAUUCAAGAUGAAACAACAGCAAGCAACAAACAGAAACGUUUCAACCGCCGCCCUCAGAAGAACGGCACAUCACCAUUACAGCGUCCACCUGGCUUCUGCCACCACCCUGUGACCCCACGACCCCGCCAGCCUACCCAUGGACCUGUCCCAUGACGUUGUCCUGCCUGACUGGUGACAUCCGACUGCCUUAUGGUGUUACCCAAGGCCACCACCUGCCUGUCUGCCUGCCGACCUCAGCCAGUCACCUCUCCAGCCCAGAGGCUGGCGUUGAUUCUUCAUCCCCGCAAAGCUCGGUCCACGUCCCUCGGGUCCCGGGCCGGAACUUCAUGCUGCACACAGGCGGAUUCGGAGACGGAGGAGUUGUGCAGGCCGGGCUUCCCCUGCUGAGGGGCUUGUGAAGCUUCCUCUCAGACUUCUGCGCGGCCAGGGCGCGGCGGGAAGGUGAGCCUGCAGCCGCAGCAGAGCGCGGGCUGGUCACUUCCCCGGUCCCGGCCGGCGGAGCGGAACGCGGCGGCGCUUGACUGACAGCUGGGGAGGUGGGGCGGCGCGCCAGCCGGGUCGAGCUGACCAGGCGCUUUGCCCAUUGGCCGGCGCUGGUGUGGGAAAGGACGCCUUACCCGAUUCACACGCCCCGCGGCGGCGCUGCCUUAAAUAGCGGGCGACUGUCCGGCAUCGCGGGCUCGCGACCGGAACCCGCCAGGGGGCGCAAACGCUCUGCCGGGCCCCGGAGCGCGGGGUGCAAGAUGCCGGCAGACGCCCCCAGGAAGCCGAGCGCCUCGCCGCUGGCAGGAGCGCCCGCCAGCGCCAGCCGGACCCCCGACAAACCCGACGAACCCCGCAGCGCGACCGAGCACCGCAAGGUGGGUUCCGGCCAGGCGCGGGCGGCCGGGUGGUGGGGAGGGGAGACCGAACGCGGGACUCGGUCGCUGUCGCACCCGCAGUACUCCAAGCCAGUCAUGGAGAAGCGGCGCCGAGCGCGUAUCAACGAGAGCCUAGCUCAGCUCAAGACGCUCAUCCUGGACGCAGUUAGGAAGGAUAGCUCCCGCCAUUCGAAGCUGGAAAAGGCCGACAUCCUGGAGAUGACGGUGACACAUCUGCAAAACCUGCGUCGCCUGCAGGUGACAGCGGCACUCAGCUCGGACCCCGCUGUCUUGGGCAAGUACCGCGCAGGCUUCAACGAGUGCCUGGUCGAGGUGACCCGCUUUCUGGCCGGCUGCGAGGGCGUCUGGGCCGAAGUGCGCUCCCGCUUGCUCGGCCACCUGGCGGCCUGCCUGCUCCAGCUGGGGUCUUCACGCCGCCCUGCCUCGCUGCCCGCCGCCGCAGAGGACCCGGCGUCCGAGGUUUACGCUGGCCGCCCACUGCUGCGGUCGUUCGACGGCCCCUUUCCCCUUCUGCGCCCUGGGGCCGCGUUCACGCCGUUGUUCGCGCCAGGGCUGACCCCCGCGCCUCCAGUCGUCCCCAGGGUGGGGCCUCAAGGCAGGAACGGACCCUGGAGACCGUGGCUGCAAUGAGCUGCCUUGGCCCAGACUGUACCAGAGAUUAUUUCCAGAGGCUUGGGAUUGUUUUGUUGUCUUUGUGAACAGUCUGGUUCCGUCCAGCAGUGCACCCAGGUUGACUGUCUGCUGGUGGCCCGCUUCCACCUCUGGGAAGACCCAGCUGCAGGCCCCUACACUCCUAGGCCCAGCCCAUUCCCAGAUUCCGCCCUUUUGUAGACUCCGACCCUUCCUGGCCCCAGCCCCAACCCCAGCCUGGGCCUGCAGUGGGUGGCCUCUGUGUCUCUGGAGCCUUGGGUUUGCCUUGGUCAGUGCUAGAGCCCGCAAUCCACCUUUGGCCUGGGUCUGAAGGGUGCCCAGGAGGCGCUUCCCAGAAUGUAUCAGUACUGGAAGGCAGCUGCACAGCAUCAAUGGACAUGUUUUAAGGGUAUUUAUCCCAACUCCUCCCCAGACCCUGGGAGGUAGAGAUCCACCUUUUCACACUGUUUUUUCCUGCCGUUUGGGCUGCGCUAGGGUGAGGGGUGACUGCCUUCUGCCUUUCAGCACAUGGUUCAGCACAAAAGCCGCCUCCGUCCACCUGGGCCCACCCUCAUACCUGCACUGGUAGGGGUCCCAGCAGGGGAGGGUGUGUGGGAGAGGCUCCCAGAGGGUACCUGGUGCCUGGACUCAGGAGGCACUUUCCUGGGGAAAUCUGGGCCUUGCUGCAUACCCAUGGGAGCUAAUGGGGUUCCUCCUUCCAUGAAUCCAUGAACAUAUGCCUUUGGAUGCAACUAAGGACACCAGGCAGCAAUGCAGGCCACACUGGGCAUCCACCCUGUGCACCUCCUGAAGUCACAGUCCUGCUGCCCCGAGAACUGACGCUGAGGGCUGUGCUCCAAGUGCCUGAGGGAGUGGUCUGAGGCACAAGUUCGGUCUGCAGAGUCUUCCAGAGCCCUGUGCAAGGCUGCACCAAGACCCACUGCCCAGUGUGGCUGGAUUCAUCAGGCAUUUGCCUGGCACCUGCUGGGAUGGGCCAUCAGGAAGAGGCUUCCUGCUGAAUGAUAGAUGGAGUCCCCUCUUCUGGGUGGAGGGGCACUGGUUACAGCCUCCCCAGUUCAUCUCCAGCAGCCCCUUCCAGCCCUGCGCCUGGAGCGGACCAAGGGUCAAUAAACACUGAAUUCACAUGCACCGUUGGCGGGCCGUGUGCCUGUGUGGUGUCCAGCCUUGUCUGACUGGGUCCUCUGUCUGCUGUGGUGCCAGGGCUUGGGGACUGAACGGUGACAACAGAUCAUAGCUGUUUGAAAUCUGGAGAAGAACUGGUCCCCGUGGUGACAGAAGUUAGUGACCAGGCCCACUAAACUCCAUGCAGUGGGAAGUUGGGGCAGGGGCCAGGCCGGGGCUGGCUUAGGAGAGGUGAGACCCACUGAGCGCCAGCCCCCUUCUCCCCUCACUCAGCAUCCCUGCUCCUAGACUGCCUGUUUCCUCAGUCCUACUUGUGCCUGGAUAAUCUCCCUCUGCUCCUUGGAACCCCUGGGUUGGCAGCCUCCAUGGGCCACACCUCAGUGCACCAAGGUUGACCUGUGCGGGGUCCUGGAGGGGGACAGGCGCUCAUUCAAGACGAGGCUGCAGGCUCCUUCCUGUCUCUGCUCUGGGGAAGCCAGCUGUCUUUUCCAUGGAGAGGUCCACAGUGGGCCAGAGGCUUCCCGCCAACAGCAAUGACAUGAAUUUAGACAUGAAUCCUUUGACAGGACCUUGACCGUGACAAGCCACCUGGGCUUCUGUGCACAGAAGCUGUGAGAGCAUAGCUUUUGUUGUUUUGUGCUGCUAAAUUUUUGUUACUCUGUGGUAAAUAACAAUACUGAUAAAUUGUAUGUAAUUUACUGAUUACAUGUAAGUCGCAUGAGCAGUACAGACCCAAAGAGCGGAUAACCUGCCGAGGGCUUCCAGAUGUCCUGGGAAUGAGGAGGAGGUUGCUGGGAACGAAACAGAAGCAGCCCCUGUGGCCAUAGUGAUGUGCCGAACGCAGGUGGUGCCGCUGCCCACUCCCACCCGGCCAGAACAGCCCAGCACCCUGCUGACCCAGCCCCUGCGGCAUUGGGGGUCCUGUCUGGCUAUAACUGAAGGGGCCUCCCUCCUGAAUGAGAGCACAAGGUUGGGACUCACAGGCCCCCAGAUGAAGGUGAGCCUGUGACUCGUGUGCACGGACGUUAGUUCCCGGGAUCGCUGUGUUCACUACCCCGAGUAGCUGACCCCUCGGGUGGUCCUGCUAUCCCUCUGCACAGGCACUGUGUGCCACAUUGGGCUACACUGUCCUGCCCAAGUUGGGUAUGGGGGCCACAGUGACAGAAUCAUUAAACACCAUGCCCAGGACUGGGGUCGUGGCUCAGUGGUAGAGCGCUUGCCUGGCAUGUGUGAGGCCCUGG